AAAACAUACACCGCAAAUCUAAUUUCACGCUACAAGUGUUUCGUUUCGAAGCCAAGCUUGAGAGGAUAAUAAUCGAAUUAUAUUAUAAAGUGUUUGUUUAAUGAAAUAAUGUACCUGAAGGUGUGACACUGAAAAACGGAACUUAUAGGCGUUUGUUUCCACACGAGUAAAUAAUCAGUGAGCACACAGCAGAGCAGCGAUGGCAGCUUUCCGAUCGGUGGUCCACGGGAGAUUGUGUCUGCCGCUUCCUUUGGCCUUGACGCCGCGCCGCCUCGCCAGCUCCUUUAAGAAGGGCCACAUUGGGGGGGAAAAAAAACCAAGUGUAAAGGUGGAAUCAGUGAUCAUAAAGUUGGAUGUUUUGAGGAGGAAAAAAUCUUUUCAGAUUUGUUUUAAUUCUUGGACAAAAGCAACCUUUUAUGUAAAAGAAAGUAUUGCAUUUUUUUGCUACUUGGAUGUGGUUGUGUUUGGAGUGUGUCCCUUCUACUUGUCUCGCUCAUGCGACGUAAUUGUGGCAAAUCAAAUGAAGCGAGCAUGGCCGUGUCGCAAUCAAUCACUGUGCUUGUGGUCUGGGCCACGGCGGCGCCGCCGCAGGCCGCUGACCUGAUCGUGGAGCGCAACCCCAAAGGCGCGGCCAAGCCCGACCCGUCCACGUUGGUGUUCGGGAAGCAGUUCUCGGACCACAUGCUGACCGUCUCAUGGUCGGCUGACGGCGGCUGGGAUGCGCCUCGCAUCAAGCCCUUCCAGAACCUUUCGCUGCAUCCAGCCAGCUCCGCUCUGCACUACUCCAUCGAGCUGUUUGAAGGCAUGAAGGCGUUUCGUGGCGUGGACAACCGCGUGCGCCUCUUCCGGCCGAUGCUCAACAUGGAGCGCAUGCACCGCAGCGCCCAGCGCAGCUGCCUGCCCAUGUUUGACAAAGGUGAACUGCUGGAGUGCAUCAAGAAACUGGUGGAGUUGGACCAGGAGUGGGUUCCCUACUCUCAGGACGCCAGCCUCUACAUCCGGCCCACCUUCAUUGGCACAGAGCCGUCGCUGGGCGUGACUCGAGCCAGCCAGGCGCUGCUGUUUGUGAUCGUGGGCCCGGUGGGGCCGUACUUCGCCACGGGUUCCUUCAACCCCGUCUCGCUGCUGGCUGACCCGUCCUUCGUGCGCGCCUGGCAGGGAGGAGUCGGCGCCUACAAGAUGGGAGGAAACUACGGCCCAACCAUCGCGGUCCAGAAUGAGGCAGUUGAGCGCGGCUGCCAGCAAGUUUUGUGGCUGUACGGCGACAACGAGGAGAUCACCGAGGUCGGGACCAUGAACCUUUUCAUCUACUGGAAUGAUCACAAUGGAGAGAAAGAGUUAGUGACUCCGCCCCUGGACGGCAUCAUCCUUCCCGGAGUCACCAGGCAGUCUCUUUUGGACCUGGCCAGAAACUGGGGCGAGUUCAAAGUGACGGAGCGCACAAUGGGCAUGAAGGAGCUGCUGGACGCGCUGGACGCCGGCCGUGUUCUGGAGGUGUUUGGCGCCGGCACCGCCUGCGUGGUGUGUCCAGUCGGCAGCCUCCUCUACAAGGGCCAGACAUACCAGAUCCCAACCAUGCAGAACGGACCCGACCUGGCUCAGAGGUUCUACAAAGAGCUCACCGAUAUUCAGUACGGACGCAAGUGCAGCGACUGGGCGCCUCUGGUCUCUUAAAUGGUUUGCACAAGGUCGUAGCAUCAGCAGUUUGGACCACCCCCCCCUUCUCUCUCUCUUUCCUCCCAUCUCUCAAACCACUAAUGCACUCCUGCCACUCCGUAGAGAUGAGACUUAGGAGCAAUAAGAACAAGAUGCAACACCACGGUUCCACUUUCUAAAUAGACUAAUACAACCAUAGCACAAAGUUGCAGCUCUUCUGGACGCGAGUGCUGGGCUGCAUUGCAGUGCUUUGAAACGGUUGCUGUGGACGAAAGUGGCUACUUUGCACUCCCAGUCGUCUGGGACGAGCCGCCGUGCUCAAAAAGGCCCAAAUAGGAGAUUGGUGCGAACAGAUGUUGGCCGUCUGCACUGGUUUGUGUUGUUUGUUUUUUUAGAUGUUUUUAAAUGAUAAAUUUUCUGUCCGCACAAUUCAGUGUCAUUAGUUUAGUCUGUCUUCCACGUACUCUCGUCAAGUGCCUGCUGACUGCCGUUUGGCGGGUCAGCGCGUCUUCCGCUCAGUAAUCAGCCCUUUCGGUGUUCUUUUGAUGUGCUCUUUGUUUAGUCUGCGUUAUUUUUACAUUAAAGCGCAUUCAAGUCCA